AACGUGACGGUCUGUGGGGAUGUGGAAACAGAUGCUCGGCUUUGUGGGAGAGUUUAGAAAAGCCCCAGAGAGAGGGAGAGAAAUGAAAAGAGAAUGUAGAAAGGGAGAGGGGAGUGUCUGUUCAGAAAACUUCAUGUGAAGAGCUGCUGAUAUACAGAGCUGAUAUAGAGAGGGAAGAAAGGAGGAAAGAAAGCUGGCGACAUCACUAGGUCCAACAAGUGAAACUGAAGUGCAUCAUUUACAUCAAGUUGAAGCCACACCAUCAGCAUGGGAAAGCAGAACAGCAAGCUCCGUCCCGAGGUGAUACAGGACCUGUUGGAAAACACAGACUUCACUGAGCAUGAGAUCCAGGAGUGGUACAAGGGCUUCCUGCGGGACUGUCCCAGCGGCGCGCUCAGCAUGGAGGAAUUCAAGAAGAUCUACGGCAACUUCUUCCCCUAUGGAGACGCGUCAAAGUUUGCGGAGCACGUCUUCCGAACCUUCGACGCCAAUGGAGACGGAACAAUAGAUUUCAGAGAGUUUAUUAUCGCCCUGAGCGUCACGUCACGCGGCCGUUUGGACCAGAAGCUGAAGUGGGCCUUCAGUAUGUACGAUCUGGACGGCAACGGAUACAUAAGCAAGGCGGAGAUGCUGGAGAUCGUACAGGCCAUCUAUAAGAUGGUUUCUUCAGUGAUGAAGAUGCCAGAGGACGAGUCCACACCUGAGAAACGCACUGAUAAGAUCUUCCGCCAGAUGGACACAAAUCGUGAUGGUAAGCUGUCAAUUGAAGAGUUUGUAGAGGGCGCAAAGAACGACCCAUCCAUCGUGCGAUUGUUGCAGUGCGAUCCCAGCAGUGCGGGACAGUGAGUCAGCAGCGUCUCGCUACUGUCACAACCUCUCUUACACAAGUCUUUCUGUUCGCUCUCCUUCGAAUAUCAGCAGAGCAUGGACUCCAAACCACAUCCCGAUCUCAGUGUCUGUGGGUUUCCCACUGAACAUCACGCAUGGAAACAUGCGACCAUUCAUUUCCCACAGACACACACUAAGAAGCUUGUGUUCAUGUGUCUCUCUGGUUUUUCAGUUCCUCAUAUAAGGCUUUUUGCCAUUUAACACAGCAGGCAGUGAUGCUAGUGACAUCACAUCCUGUUCCUGUUAUAAACUUUUGGUACUGAAGUAAACCCUUUCGAAAAGGGCUUUAAAUAUUAACAGACAGGGAGUUGAAGCAAACAUUUCCAAGCAUGCAAAAUGCACCAGAUAAUGUGACACUUUGUCAAACUUUCUAA